CCUGUGUUCCAGAGCCUAGCCCAGCUAGAGAACCUGUGCAAGCAGCUGUAUGAGACCACAGACACUGCGACACGGCUCCAGGCAGAGAAAGCCUUGGUUGAGUUCACCAACAGUCCAGACUGCCUGAGCAAGUGCCAGCUUCUUCUAGAAAGAGGGAGUUCAUCCUACUCCCAGUUAUUGGCAGCUACAUGCCUUACAAAACUCGUGUCGCGCACAAACAACCCUUUACCAUUGGAACAACGAAUAGAUAUUCGGAACUAUGUGCUCAACUACCUUGCCACUAGGCCAAAGUUGGCAACGUUUGUCACACAAGCACUAAUCCAGUUAUAUGCCAGAAUCACAAAGUUGGGCUGGUUUGACUGUCAGAAGGAUGAAUAUGUCUUCAGGAACGUGAUCACAGAUGUCACAAGGUUUUUACAGGAUAGUGUAGAACACUGCAUCAUAGGAGUGACAAUCCUGUCCCAACUAACUAAUGAAAUUAAUCAAGCGGAUACCACUCAUCCACUGACCAAGCACAGGAAAAUAGCCUCUUCCUUCCGAGAUUCAUCCUUAUUUGAUAUUUUCACACUGUCAUGCAAUUUACUGAAGCAGGCUUCUGGGAAGAACCUGAAUCUAAAUGAUGAAAGCCAGCACGGUCUGCUCAUGCAGCUUCUUAAGCUCACGCAUAAUUGUCUGAACUUUGAUUUCAUUGGCACAUCAACAGACGAGUCCUCAGAUGAUCUUUGCACUGUGCAGAUCCCAACCAGUUGGAGAUCAGCAUUCUUGGAUUCUUCAACCCUUCAGUUGUUCUUUGAUCUUUAUCAUUCCAUCCCUCCUUCAUUUUCUCCUCUGGUUUUAUCCUGCUUAGUGCAGAUAGCCUCUGUACGCAGAUCCCUCUUCAACAAUGCAGAAAGAGCAAAGUUUUUAUCUCAUCUCGUUGAUGGAGUUAAACGAAUACUGGAAAACCCACAGAGCUUGUCAGACCCAAAUAACUACCAUGAGUUCUGCCGAUUGCUGGCCCGAUUGAAAAGUAAUUACCAGCUGGGAGAGCUGGUGAAGGUGGAGAACUACCCUGAGGUCAUCCGACUCAUUGCCAACUUCACCGUGACCAGCCUGCAGCACUGGGAGUUCGCGCCGAACAGCGUUCACUAUCUCCUAAGCUUGUGGCAGCGCCUGGCUGCGUCCGUGCCCUAUGUUAAAGCCACAGAGCCUCACAUGCUCGAAACGUACACACCAGAAGUCACAAAAGCUUACAUCACGUCCAGGCUGGAAUCUGUGCACAUCAUAUUGAGGGAUGGUUUGGAGGAUCCGCUGGAUGAUACUGGCCUCGUGCAACAGCAGCUAGAUCAGCUAUCCACCAUCGGCCGGUGCGAGUAUGAGAAAACCUGCGCUCUGCUUGUGCAGCUCUUCGACCAGUCAGCCCAGUCCUACCAGGAGCUGCUGCAGAGUGCCACCGCCAGCCCCAUGGACGUUGCUGUACAAGAAGGGCGCCUGACGUGGCUCGUCUAUAUUAUCGGGGCAGUGAUUGGUGGUAGGGUCUCGUUCGCCAGCACGGAUGAGCAGGAUGCGAUGGAUGGCGAGUUGGUUUGUCGGGUGCUGCAGUUGAUGAACCUGACGGACUCUCGUCUAGCGCAGGCUGGGAAUGAGAAGCUGGAGCUUGCCAUGCUGAGCUUCUUUGAGCAGUUCCGCAAGAUCUAUAUUGGAGAUCAGGUGCAGAAGUCUUCCAAGCUGUACCGCCGUCUCUCAGAGGUCCUGGGGUUGAAUGAUGAGACCAUGGUCCUCAGCGUCUUCAUAGGAAAAAUCAUCACCAACUUGAAGUACUGGGGUCGAUGCGAGCCUAUCACCUCCAAGACGCUGCAGCUGCUCAAUGACCUCUCCAUUGGAUACAGUAGUGUUAGAAAGCUGGUGAAACUCAGCGCCGUACAGUUCAUGCUGAACAAUCACACGAGUGAGCACUUUUCCUUCCUGGGCAUUAACAAUCAGUCCAACCUGACUGACAUGAGAUGUCGGACUACGUUCUACACUGCACUUGGGCGUCUUCUCAUGGUGGAUUUAGGGGAAGAUGAGGAUCAGUAUGAGCAAUUCAUGCUUCCCCUCACAGCUGCCUUUGAGACAGUGGCACAGAUGUUCAGCACAAAUACUUUCAAUGAACAAGAGGCAAAAAGAACUUUAGUUGGUUUGGUGAGAGACUUGAGGGGAAUAGCCUUUGCCUUCAAUGCCAAGACCAGCUUCAUGAUGCUGUUUGAGUGGAUCUACCCAUCCUACAUGCCAAUCCUGCAGCGAGCAAUUGAACUCUGGUACCAUGACCCAGCCUGCACUACACCAGUCCUAAAACUGAUGGCAGAGUUGGUACAUAAUAGAUCCCAACGGCUGCAGUUUGACGUGUCCUCACCAAACGGCAUCCUGCUCUUCCGAGAAACGAGUAAAAUGAUAACUACGUAUGGAAAUCGUAUCCUAACGCUUGGGGAGGUCCCAAAGGAUCAAGUCUAUGCCUUGAAGCUCAAGGGGAUUUCCAUCUGCUUCUCUAUGCUCAAGGCCGCACUGAGCGGGAGCUAUGUCAACUUUGGGGUCUUCCGUCUCUACGGGGAUGAUGCACUGGACAAUGCCUUGCAAACUUUUAUCAAGCUUCUGCUUUCCAUCCCUCACAGUGACCUUCUGGAUUAUCCCAAGCUCAGCCAGUCAUACUAUUCCUUGCUGGAAGUUCUUACCCAGGACCACAUGAACUUUAUAGCUAGUCUGGAGCCUCAUGUAAUCAUGUAUAUUCUCUCUUCCAUUUCAGAAGGCCUCACUGCACUAGACACCAUGGUUUGCACAGGCUGCUGCUCCUGUUUGGACCACAUUGUCACCUAUCUCUUCAAGCAGCUGUCUCGCAGCACCAAGAAGAGGACCACACCUCUGACCCAGGAGAGCGACCGGUUCCUGCACAUUAUGCAGCAGCACCCGGAGAUGAUUCAGCAGAUGCUGUCAACAGUGCUGAACAUCAUAAUCUUUGAGGACUGCAGGAACCAGUGGUCCAUGUCUCGGCCUCUGCUCGGCUUGAUACUGCUCAAUGAAAAGUAUUUCUCUGACUUGAGGAACAGUAUAGUGAACAGCCAGCCUCCGGAGAAACAGCAGGCAAUGCACCUCUGCUUUGAGAACCUCAUGGAAGGCAUCGAACGCAACCUCCUAACCAAGAACAGGGACAGGUUUACACAAAACCUGUCGGCGUUCAGGCGAGAGGUGAACGACUCCAUGAAGAACUCCACCUACGGCGUGAACAGCAACGACAUGAUGAGCUGACGUCUCCCAACUCCACCUGUACAGAGCAGCAUCUCUUUGGCCUGGCCCAGAGGGGUUACCGUUUCCGAUGGAAAGAAAAGAGGGCGUUUCUAAUCCCUGCUCUUCCCCAGGGCUGGAUUGCGGCGCUCGCUUUGGGCCGUACUCCACGUCCCGAGGGAGGAGGGAACAGGAGGGGUUGUUGAGCUCACCAGGGCAGGGUGCUUCUGUUUCCGUGGGAGGGGGUGGAAGGGCAAGAAUCCAGGUGCAAGAAUCCAGCGUCUCCCUACCCGAAUGUCUGCGUGGAACGCCAGCGCUCUGCUGCAGCCUGCCUUGUAUAAACAUGUACAUUUUUUCAUAACAUUUUGAACAAGGUUUAUAUUGACUCAGUUUAA